AUGCUAGAAAGGUUUAUUACUUUUAACGGUCUCCAAUGCUAUUACUGUACCAAUUGCAAUGGUACGAACGCACAAAAGGCAACAUGUGCAAAAUUUAAUAUAACUGCGACCGCACCCACGACUCCUAUAUCGACUACAACCUCUUCUUCGUCAACUGAUGGAUCAACAAGCUUAACAACAAAUCCUAGUACUUCGACUGACGACUCGGUAGAUUUAACAACUAACCAAUCUACGAAUACUUCAAAUCAAUCUACAGAGACUAAAGCAUCAACUUCUUCUUCCACCACUACAACUCUUACUUCAUCGUCUACUGAAACGUCUACAAUAACAAACAAAGAAAAUGCUACAGCUUCUGAAUUUACCAAUGUCAGUAUUAAAAGUAGUGUAGAAGAGAUGUUUACAGAACUAUCAGAAGACAACUGCAAAUGCAAAGAAGGAAAAUGCUAUUGUGGUGACGCUCUUAGGUGUUACGUGUGUAAUGGAUGCCAUACUGUAUCAGAGGAGUACAUACAAACAUGUGCUCCUCGAACCACGGUCGUACCUUCCACUGAGUCAACGACUUUAGCACCUCAAACACCUUCUACAAUUGCACCUACAGAAACAGACUUAUCUACCACCGAAGUAACUCCCGAAGAUACAACAGAUGCUCCUGAAGCAUCAAAUACAACUACCACGUCAACUACAACUACUACGACAACUACAACUACUACGCCAACUACCACGCCAACUAUAACGACUACCACUGAACGUUCUCCUCCACCUUCCAUAACUAUGCCACCAGGUCCACCUCCUGUUACUAUACCGUCUAAUCAAACAGACUCACCUCCUGAUAAUACUAACUCUACUGUUACCACAAAUACGUUAUCCACAAGCCAAAUUACGGAUGAUACAACUAGUGAACCAAAUGUGAAUAAAACAAUUUGGGCAGAAUUUGAUCCGCAAUAUAAUGUUCAGCAAAAUGUAGUGCGUGGUUGCUCCGAAGCAUCAAACGACAACGAAUCACUAUGUCGGGAAGCAAUAGGGGGCGACUUUGAUGGCAGCUUACAGAGUUCGGACGCUUUAAAAUGUUAUGUAUGUAGAGGUUGCCAAACAGUAUCAGCCAAUGACUUGCAAACAUGCUCUCCUCGUACUACGACGACAGCAACACCUACAGUAACUGAAACUCAAACUGUGGCCUCAACAACUACUGAGGCCUCAGCAACGACUACUGAGGCUUCAACAACAACUACUGCGGCACCAACAACGACUACUGAGGUCUCAACAACGACUACUGAGGCCUCAAUAACAACUACUGCGGCACCAACAACGACUACUGAGGUCUCAACAACGACUACUGAGGCCUCAAAUAUAACUACUGAGGCCUCAACGAUUACUACUGAGGCCUCAAAUAUAACUACUGAGGCCUCAACGAUUACUACUGAGGCCUCAACAACGACUACUGAGACCUCAACGACGAUUACUGAGGCUUCAACAACAACUAAUGAGGCACAAACAACGACUACUGAGGCCUCAACAACAACUACUACGGCACCAACAACGACUACUGAGGCCUCAACAACAACUACUGCGACACCAACAACGACUACUGCGCCAUUAACAACGACUACUGAAGCCUCAACAACGACUACUGAGGCCUCAACAACAACUACUGCGGCACCAACAACGACUACUGCGGCACCAACACCGACUACUGAGGCCUCAACAACAACUACUGAGGCCUCAACAACAACUACUGCGGCACCAACAACAAAUACUGAGGCACCAACAACAGCUAAUGCGGCACCAACAACGACUACUGAGGCCUCAACAACAACUACUGCGGCACCAACAACGACUACUGAGGCCUCAAUAACAUCUACUGCGGCACCAACAACGACAACUGAGGCCUCAACAACGACUACUGAGGCCUCAACAACAACUACAGCGGCACCAAUAACGACUACUGAGGCCUCAACAACAACUACAGUGGCACCAACAACGACUACUGAGGCCUCAACGACAACUACUGCGACACCAACAACGACUACUGAGGCCUCAAUGACAACUACUGCGGCACCAACAACGACUACUGAGGCCUCAACAACAACUGAGGCCUCAGCGACGACUACUGAGGCUUCAACAACAACUACUGCGGCACAAACAACGACUACUGAGGCCUCAACAACAACUACUGCGGCACCAACAACGACUACUGAGGCCUCAACAACAACUACUGCGGCACCAACUACGACUACUGAGGCCUCAACAACAACUACUGCGACACCAACAACGACUACUGAGGCACAAACAACGACUACUGAGGCCUCAACAACGACUACUGUGGCCUCAACAACAACUACUGCGGCACUAACAACGACUACUGAGGCCUUAACAACAAUAACUGCGCCACCAACAACGACUACUGAGGCCUUAACAACGAUUACUGCGGCACCAACUACGACUACUGAGGCCUCAACAAUAACGACUACUGAGGUCUUAACAACAACUACUGCGCCACCAACAACGACUACUGAGGCCUCGACAACAACUACUGCGGCACCAACUACGACUACUGAGGCCUCAACAACAACUACUGCGGCACCAACAACGACUACUGAGGCACUAACAACGACUACUGAGGCCUCAACAACGACUACUGAGGCACCAAUUACGACUACUGAGACACCAACAAUACCAUCCACUGAUUAUAAGAAGAGUUUUAUUAAUACAAACUACAAUUUCAUACCUGUGAGGGGGAAACGCGAAGUCAGGGAUGAAAAUGAGGAUGAAGAUGAAGAGAGUUCAGAUAACUUAAGAUGCGUCGUCGCGAUCUUUGAAGUUAAUGGUAUACCAGGUGUUGUUCGCGGAUGUUCCGAAGCAUCUGAAGACGAAGAAAUCCGCUGCAGCGAAGCAAUAGGUGACAACUUUGAUGGUCGCCUGAUAAGCUGUAAGCUUUGUCAAGAAGAUGGUUGCAAUACUGCGACAAGGGCCACGCUUGCUUUUGUUCUUCUCGUUUUCACUAUUGUGUUCAAUUUUGUUUAACCGAAAACUAUGAAAAACAAAAUUCAUGUUUACUCAGUCGUUUUGUGCUCCUAACAAUCUGUAUCUUUUAAAAAAGCAUAAAUGCGAACAGAUCUUAUAAAAAUACUAGCUGUCCCAGCGAACUUCGUACCGUCAUAAAAGAAUAGGGGUUUGUGGUAGAAGGAUGAAAAUUUAGAGUUGUAUGUAUUUUUGUAUCAUAAAAAAAUUAAAAAAAAACUAAAAUUGAAAAAAAAUUUAGGGGUGGAUUACCCUUUACAUUUAGGGGGAUGAAAAAUAAAUGUUAUCCGAUUCUCAGACCUACCCAAUAUGCACACAAAAUUUCAUGAGAAUCGGAAAAGCCGUUUCGGAGGAGUUUAACCACAAACACCGCGACAUGAGAAUUUUAUAUAUAAAAAUAUAUAGUUGUUGCCAAAUAUAUCACAAACUCUGAUAUAAGUUUCUUGUAUAUUGAUUAGCUGAUCGAUCAUGGAAGUUAUAAGAGAGACCUUUGAUUUCUGCCCAAUUGUGGACCUAGGGUAUAAAUUACAUCAAAAAAAUCUAAAACUGUACUUAAAAAGAUGCUCUUCAAAAAAUUAAUAAAUUAAUAGAAAUUGGCGAAAAGCUGCUUAAAAUAUAAAAAAAUAAGAAUCUCCGUAUAAAGACACGUUCACUUCAAUUAACUUUUGGUGACGUUAUUACCUAGACGCAGUAUGACAUUGACUGACAGAUGACAGCUAAAACUAUUGGUUUCUAUUCAUUUCCUUGAUUGUGAUUGGUUAUAUAAAAAAUCACAUGACUGUUUUCGUCUUGUCCAAAGACUAUAUGUCUCGUCACAUUGUAACUAUGAAUAUGGUAGUGACAUUUAAUUGUCUUGAUACACAGUCUUUUAGCCAACCCUUUCAGUUAUUUUAUUAGUAUUUUGAUGGGAUCGCUAUGUAAUAUUUUGUUAAAUUCAAGCUUUUGCCGAUCUGGUUUAUUUUUUAUAAUUUCUGUAGCUUGUUUCAAUUCAUUUAAAGAUGCACAUUACCAUUAGAAUAUAUAUAUAUAUAUUAGAACAUAUUUUGAAUAGAAUAGAAUAUAUUUUUUACUAACCCUCAUUUAGUUUUACCUUCACCCUCAAAGUAGUUUGCUGGAUCAGUUAGUUUAAAAAUAUAAACGAAAUUUUUAUGUGGUAUAAGUAAAUAAUAAAAAGAAAAUAAUAAGUUAAUUCCAUAUUUUGCACUUUUAAUGGAUUCGGCGUAUUUUGCUACAAAUAAGUGCAUGAUAAUACCUGAGGUACACGAUUGGGCAGAGUUGUAUGGAGAAAAGAAUGUAUCCUAAGAAUAGUUAUUAGGUAGUUGCAAUUCUGUAACUCAUGCUUUUUGUUUUUUUUUUUGAUUGAACUACGAAAUAUUCUGUAUAUAACUGUAGAAACGAUUUUAUAUCAAAAUGUUAUUUCAUAAUUUAUAUCUAAGUUAUUUUUACUUUUAAGUGUCAAUUUAAAAGAAAUAGAACAAUUCUAUUCGAUUCUUUCAAGUGAUAUAUUUGUAACGUUUAUUAUACUUAAGAAAUGAAGUACUUAUGUAAGUAUUGCAUUUGUAAACACUGUUUUGCAGUGGAACAAAUACCUAGGUAUAAUAUUUAUGAUAUUUUUCAAUAACUGAUUGCAAUGUGCAAACAAUACUAUCAGUAUAUAAAGACAAACAGAUUAUUAUUUUCAAGAGCAACAUAACAAUAUGGAGCUACUUUAAAAUUAUUGAAAAUAGUGUAUCAAGAUGCAAGAAAAUUAAAUUAAUAGCUUUAAAAAAACUACUGCUUAAAAAGGAACAAUAAAUAAAACUGAAAAGUAAAUAAAAAAGCCCAGUAGUCUAGAAUUUAACAUUUGAAAUCCAUUACAUAUUCUAGAUUGGAGUAAAUUUUCUCAAUAAUGGGUUCCGACUGUUUAAUUCUAGACUACUGGGCUUGUUUAUUUUCUUCUCAGUUUUAUUAAAAAAAUCUUUUUAUACAGUCAGGUUUUUUGACUUUAUAUUUUUUUCGACAUUUUAUUUUCAAAAUUAUGUUUGUUUAAUAUAGAUAAUUUGUAUAUUUAUUUAUACUCGUGAUAUUAAUUUAUACUUUCUGAAUAGUCUUUAAAAGCAAUUUUUAAAGUUGAUUCAUUUUGGCACUAAAAAUCUGCAAUGUUUUCCAACAUUAAAAAAAACAAAUUUGGAAUAACUAGUGUCUUUCACACAAUUACGACGAAUCGAAUGACACCUCGCAUGCCAAAAUCCGUCAAAUCGUUCAGGCCGUAGGUCAUGCGAAAGAAAUGGGAUAUGCAUUAUAAUUAUUAAUAAUGUUUGGGUAACAUACAUACAUGUAUGCGCUCGAAAAACAUUAUACUCCUUUCAUCGGAAAUCGAGUAAAAAUAUUUGGGUGCCUUUUGAAUUAAACAUCAAAUUUCAUUAAUAUCAAAUAAAUAUAAUUAUACAAUUAUAUUUUUUUUGAUUUUCCAAUUACGUCACUGCUUCGAUCUGGACCCAAUUCGAUAAUCCCUAUCCAACCACGUUAAGAGUUCAUUGUAUUCUAAAUACAAAGAAAAUUUUAUAAAAAGUAAACCACGCGGACCAGGCAGCCGACGGGACUCGAACCUGCACCCUUCGCUAUCAGGGCCCUGAUGGCCGUGUCGAAUUUUCUCUUGCCUUUCUUAGGCUGCAAGGCUGCCAUUUCUUUGCAUUGUAGGUAACCCACAAUGUCAUUGUACUUGUCAUACUUAGGAAAUCCCUUAUAUAUUUUGUGUAAUUUAAAAAAGGUUGAAUCGAACUUUGUUUGCUAAUCAGUUACUAUGCAUUUACAUUAAACAGUAUUACUCAUUAUAAUAUAAUAUUUUUCUAUUAAAAUACCUAAUGAAAAAUAAUCCACUAUGUGGAAAAAAUGUGUUACUACAAAUGUGCCUGUAUAGAUAGUAUAGGUUCACUUGUAAAAUUUUGUCAUUAUCGUUUGUUUUAGUUAAGCUUUAAGGAUAAUUAAUUAAAAACUGUUUUUAGCAAAAAAAAAAGUACCUAAGCCAUUGUUGUGUUUUGUAUUAAAAGCAUAUUUCUAUAGUUUUCUCAGACAAUUGUAUAUUUACACAUAUUUACAUUUAAAUAACAAAAACUUACAUUCCUACUAACUAAAAUUUACAUUCCAAAUAACCUUAAAAUCAGUUUUCAGCUUAGCUCAGCAGGAACAUAAUUAUUAUGUUACCUACUCAUACAAGGGGAAUGGAUUUAAUCGAAACGCAAAAAUGCUACAGUGGGAAGCUCGCUCAUAUUUUUCCUAUGGUUCCAAAAUCAAAUAAGAUAUUUAAAAACCCUUGAGAGUUUUUUAAAUGUUAAGAUUGAAAUCUGUUAACAAAACUCUUUAAUAAAAAUCGAUACAUGACACUUUUCAUUUGGUCUCUGUUUUUUCUACGAUAAAGAAGAAAAGCAACAGUUAUGUCUAUAAAAAAACUCAGAUACCCGAACAUAAAUAGCUCCUAGCAUAACAGUACCCCUAGCAUGAACCAAUAUCGAAUUCAUAUCGUUUGCGAGUCCGAAAUGUCACUGUCAAAUGUGUACUGAUUUUUAGUUCUCGUUACGUACUUUGUGGCGCUGCUGUUUAAGUUUCUAUACAAAAUUAGACAUUGACAUUUGGGUUUGCAAACUAUUCGAAAUCGAUGGUUCGUGCUAGGGGUACAGCUUUGUCUUAAAUUUCUAGGUCAACAUGAUGGAGGAUUGCAUCACUAAAAUCUCUGUACAUAUGUAAAAAUAGGCUAUGGCUUCCUAUUUUUCCACUUAACUCCACUUAAAUUGGAACACACGUCUCAGGUGCCUUAUUCUGGUGAAUAAGAAUAGGUGAAGGUGGAAGAAGCAAGCAGCGUGCUCGUUCCAUUUUCGUUUUUGGACCGAUUCUUUACCGAGUGCAUGUAAUUAAGAAGCCGUUUCGGUACAGAUUCUUUAUGAAGCGAAUACACACCUCUCUGUGCCGGUUACUGCCGAACCAUUGGACCCGCCCGUCCCAUCACUCCCGCAAACAAAAUCGUAGCAAUCAAAACGAAACGAUACCGCACCGAAAUCGAGUCGGAGUAGUAAAUCAAAUUCCUUAUUAUACUUCUAACUCGUGAUAAUUUAUUAGGCUCAGACAUCGCGUUAUCAUUAAUAAAUCUUAAUCUAUAGUAAAUCUAUAAAAAUAUUAAUUCUGAAA